CUCUGCUCUUCCUCCCCAGUCUUCGGCCAGCCGUCGAAGCGCUCACACAGUCCCCGCCCGGUCGCCGCCCGGUCGCCGCCCGGCCCAUAGCCGGUCUCCGCCCCCCGUCACGUUGGCGCGCGCGACUCCUGCGCCCCGUGUUCGCGCUCGCACCGGCCCCGCUCUCACGACUGAGUCUGUGACAACCGAGUGACACGAUAAUUCACUCCCUCCCCCUCGUUGUGACGGGAAGCCUGCGUUUCUGUCUUGCGGCGGUGUGUGAUAAAUCUGUGUGUUCACGUGCUGUGACAACGCCCCCGAGCGUUUGGUGUAGGGAGUUUGUGUUUGUGGGUGUGUGAGAGGAGGGGCCGCCACUCGCCCGGCCCCGCUCGGGUUGCUGCUCGGGGUGCUAAUCGAGGUGCUGCUCGGGGUGCCGCUCGAGGUGCUGCUCGGGGUGCUGCGCGGAGUGCUCGCGACGGUGGGGGCGCCGUCGAGUAGGGAUGUCGCUCCUCAACGUCACCCGCCACCCCGCCAUCGCUACCUCCUUCUUGUUCCACUUUUGGGCAACUAACCUCAAUGACAGCAAACGUGUCAAUUUCACUGGUACCGGUAAAUCAAAGGAUGGUGGCCAGGUGAGGACCGGCCGCUGACGCCAUGGUGUGCGCAGCACCUUGGUCACCGUGGGGCGCGGCCGGGGUCACCAUGGCGCUGCUUGGCGCGGCCGCGGCCGCCGCGCUGCCCACGACGGCGCCGGACCUCCUUCUCCUCGCCACCCCGGGCCUCCUGGACGCCGCCGAGCCGACCGAGGACUUCGGCAUGAACGACGAGUACGGCAACUACACCGAGGCCGACCUGAUCGAGUUCAUGAACCAGUACGACUGGCUCGAGGUGGUGCCCACCAUGACCGUGUACUGCCUCAUCAUGCUCCUGGGGCUGGCGGGCAACGCGCUCAUCAUCUUCACGACGCAGCGCUACCGCCGCAUGCAGUCCACCACCAACGUGUUCCUGUCGUCGCUCGCCGUGGCCGACCUGCUCCUCAUCAUCGUCUGCAUCCCCGUCAAGUUGGCCAAAUUGAUGUCCUUCACCUGGGAGGCGGGUUACUUCCUUUGCAAGUUCGUCCAUUACAUGCAGAACGUGUCUGCCAUGUGUUCGGUGUUCACCCUGACGGCGAUGAGUAUAGAGAGGUACUACGCCAUCAUUCACCCGAUGCGAGUCAAGUACCUGUGCUCGCUCUCUCAGGCCAGGAAGAUCUGCGCGUGCAUCUGGCUGCUGGCCUUCGUCCUCGCCAGCCCCAUCCUGCAGACCUACGUCAUCAAGAUGCUGGUGGCCGUGGUGGUGGUGUUCGUCAUCUGCUGGGCGCCCCUGCUGAUCGAGCACGUGCUCACGUCCUACGGGGUCAUCGCCAAGAACGAGGAGCGCACCGGCGACAAGGUGUGGCUCAAGUACAUGAGCAUCGGCUUCCACCUGCUGUCCUACUUCAACAGCUGCGUGAACCCCAUCGUGUACGGCUUCAUGUCACGGAGCUUCCGGGAGAGCUUCCGCCAGGCUCUGUGCCGCUGCUGCCGCUCGGGGCGGCGGCCCGGGCGGCAGCCCUCCACGAACACGAGGACCACGUCGCUGCGCCUGAACGACACGAGGCAAAGAACUAAAGCCGAGAGGCGUAGAAAAGUGUUUAUUUUCAUUUGCUAAGCCCCCGCCAUGGUUUGGAAAGCCCUGGCAAGCCAAGUAUCCCGUGAUGGGAAGUUAAAACUGCAGUGUCGCGGGGAGGUCGGUGUCCGGAGUGUCGGGUUACUGAUGGCGGCCCGACUGGGCUGCUCCAGAGCGCCACUCGGUGCUCUGGAGGAGUCCAGCCGAGUCCCAGACCGCCUCCAUGUACAUGGCCGCCAGCCGCCACUGCCCCUUCGGCGUCGGCUCCGGGCCCCUUAAGGCCCCCUUCGACUCCCACAACAACCUGCAUCGUGAGAGCUACCGACUGAUCCAGGUGCAAGCGUCCGCAGGCUCCACGGGGGCCCAGGAGCAAGGCCCCCAGAGGCCGCUCACCACCCCCAUCACCACGCGGCCAGACAGUCCGAGCUCCAUUGGUGGACCGACUCAGCUCUGAGCACUUCGUCACGCCCCAGAAAGUGGCCGAUAAUUGCCACAGUGCGAUAUCGAGAAAACGCGAGUCUAACUUUGAAGAUACGUUAAUGAAAACCAAAGACCAUCCAUGUAUAAAGGGUAUAAAGUGGUGUAACUUACGAGUUCACACAACUUCUCUAGUGUAAUCUUUGUGAUCUUACUACUAGUUUAUCAUUCCUCAAAUGUAUGUUGUAAAUAGUAUAAGCAAUCUUAUAUGGAAGUUUCACAAUUUCUUCUGCAGUAUAAAAUCCUCUGCACUUAAGAAUAAAGAUUUGAUAUUGAUAGACAACAAAGUCUAAUUACCCAACAGUAGUUGCUCUAAAAUGUCAGUGUAAAAAUGAAUGUGCCAUUAUAAAUUUUUGUUCAAUGUUGUAUCAGGUGACAAUGUUAAAUUUGUUGGAAAAAGGAAUAUGCAUUGUAACCAGGAAAUAAAAUAAAACAGUGUUUGGAAACGAA